CCGGGGUGGGCGGGCCGCGUUUCCUGUUGCUGUUGGUUGCACCCAAAACGAAAACAGGGACCCAGGGACCGUCAAUGGUUGGGUACGACAGAUAUCAGGCCGUGUCUGCGCGCAGUCUGCUUACGACAGCCCGGGUCGAAUAGCCGCACCGCUGGCCUAUCCUGUCGCCCCUGAGUAUCAACGAUGCACCUCAUGCACUUCAGGCUCACGUCAGUCGGACCGCCGUCCACGGUAUUCCCCUGUGCUGGGCGAGGAGGGGGGGUCAGACGACCAUACACGCACCUCGGGUAUGCCGGCCAAGACUGGGGCCGGGAAUCCUGCCGGCUGUCCUUCCUUACCGUCGCUCCCAGCUGUUGUUCAUACGCUCGUUCCCCAGAUCGUGGUGACCCCUGAACCGGCAACUGCAGAUGACGGCGUCGUAACCAUUUGGGUAGCUGUGCAGUUGUCCGUACAGGGGUCGAGUACAGCCGCUAUAGAGCAGGGACUAUACGACCCAGCCAGUGACAGACGGUCAAGUCAAGGUGCACCGCGGCAUGGGUUCUUCUUGUACGACGUCUCGCUAGAACUACUUCCCCUCUCAGAGAGCACGGUCGUCGAGGUGCUCGGCGAUAAGGCAUGCCCGACGUAGGCUCGUUCGUCCUUUUUUUUUUGCUUGGUCGCCCCCGACCGACCCCCUGGUAUUGCUGACCAAAACGACAGGAUACUGCACCCGGAAUCCCGGUUGCUCUUUGUAGCCCAGAUCCGACUGGGACCCGCAGCUCGUCAUCGACCGCGCACCCACCACGUCCGGCAAAAUUCGGACGAUCUGAUCGAGGAUCUCGAGGUGGAGCUCGGCGGCAUUGU